AUUACGUUCAGGACCCACGAGAAAAGGUGUGUGAGAAUGGGUCGAAGUGGAAGCUCGACUGCAACACCUGUGUGUGCGUUGACGAGAGAGCACGUUGCACACGGAAGGCUUGUGAUGUUUCACGGACAACAGAAUUGCCCCCUGAUGCAGUGUGCAAACCCGGGUCAUUCUGGAAAGAAGAAUGCAACACGUGUAGGUGUUCCAACACUGGGAGGGCGGUAGCGUGUACUGUCAAGGCCUGUAUUGGCACUACAGAAAAUGCAGAUGAACCGAAGUGUACUGACGGAUCAAAAUGGAAGCGAGACGACUGCAAUUGGUGUGAUUGCGUUGAGGGAAAAAUCCGCUGCACCCAGAGAGUGUGUGGCCACCCUACACCACAGAUACGCCAGUUUGAAGAAAAGGAGGAAAUGUGUACCGAAGGCUCGAGAUGGAGAGUUAGCUGCAACUGGUGUAGCUGCAUGAACGGUACAGGAGGAUGUACCAAGAAAGGAUGCCCUCCAGAUUUUGAAGAAAGGACAGAUGCCCCUGAAUGUGAAGGGACUUCCAGAUGGAAGAAGGAUUGCAACUGGUGCAACUGUCAUAAUGGCAGAGGGAUUUGCACAACAAGAGCUUGCAUAAGCACCCCUGCUGUGCAUUCUCAGCCAACAGUGGAAGUAACAGUGACUCAAGAGGAACCUGAGUGUACAGAGGGAUCACGCUGGCUACAGUCAUGCAACUCCUGCCGUUGUAUUGAAGGAAAAGCAGCUUGUUCAAAGAGAAGGUGUAUCCCAGAUUUUGAGCCCUCACCAGACGAGCCUGUUUGUCAUGGCAAUUCCAGUUGGAGAGUGGACUGCAAUUGGUGUAACUGUGCAAAUGGAAAAGCCAUUUGUACUUAUAAGGCUUGUGGAGUACAACGACCUCAAGCACCACCAGUGGCAGUAACUGUCACACGAGAGGAAGGAGCCACAUGCACUGAAGGAUCUCAUUGGCGUCUCGACUGCAACUGGUGUCGUUGCAUCAAAGGCCAAGGGGCAUGUACUAAGAGAGGAUGCAGCGCUGAUGAAGCCCCAGGUCCCGAUGACCCUGUAUGUGAAGGAACUUCAUCAUGGAAACGUGACUGCAACUGGUGUAACUGUGAAGAUGGAAAGGCAGUUUGCACGGAAAUGGCAUGUGACCUUGAAGGUCGAAGCUUUGGUUCAGUUGGUGUACAGGAAAACCCAACUCCGAAACCCUGCAUUAAUGGAACAACAUGGUCAGCGGAUUGUAACCAAUGCUCCUGUGUGAAUGGAGUUGGCAGAUGUACUCGCCGCUUUUGCCGUCACCCACCUGUCAACCCCAUCUGUAAUCUGCCAUCAGUUUAUCCAGAUGUAGACAGAUGUCGCGGAUUUGAAAGUUUGUGGACAUUUGACAGCUAUGAAGGAAGAUGUGUAGCAAUUGUCUAUGGAGGUUGUGGAGGAACGGAGAACUUGUUUGAGACGAAGGCAGCGUGCGAAGCCAAGUGCACCAGAGCCGCUCAGGGGUCUCUUCGAUCUGCAGCAGGUAGCCAAGAAGACAAAUGCCAACUGAAACUCGAGUCUGGACCAUGCUUUGGCCUUUUCUAUCGCUAUGGGUACAACUCUGCCAAUGGUCGAUGCGAGCAGUUUAUAUUUGGAGGUUGUGGUGGAAAUGCCAACAACUUUGAGACAGCCCAAGAGUGCCAGGAGCAAUGUGGAGGAGGAGUGCCCGUGUCUGACUCAUCAUGUGAUCGGACAAAAUGCCCCUGGAAGCGCUGGGCUCAUUAUCUCGUCAAGAACUGCAUCCCACAGUACGAGGAUGGUGCCUGCUGUCCGACUAGCUUCUCAUGUCCUCCUUCAGACUCUGUUAUACCAGACCCAACGAAAUGUUACUACAGAGGUAAUUUCUACGAAAAUGGUGAAGAAGUGCCUGUGGAAGACGUCUGUUCAGCUAGCUGUCGUUGCCAUGCCGAGACCGCGCCUCAGAUACACUGUGCCAACAUUGAGUGCCCUAGCUUGUUCAGGCCUCCUCGCCCUGGGUGCCGUCUCCUCUUCUCUCCUGACCAGUGCUGCUCAACAGACGAGGAGUGCCUUUUCAUGAACAGGGACCCCGCAGCACCACCAGACUUAGAGACUCGUGCUGUUGGGUGCUCAUGGGGCAACAAGACUUACCAAAUUGGAGAUAAGAUGUACUUCGAUGAUUUCCAAUGCCAGUCUUGUGUGUGUACUCCAGAGUUCACAAGCCCAACAGGUCCUGGUUGUUCAAAGAUUGACUGUGGAUUUGAAUUCCGAUACACCUCCAGGCUUGCAGAUGGUUGUGUGCCAAUUUUCUUCGAGGAUAAGUUUGUUCCAUUGACUGGCUGUGUCCUGGAGACAGUCGCAUCACACCAACUGAUGCAGUACAGCAGCAACAAAGAGUUUCACCACAGAAAAAAAGAUGAUCAGUGCCAUUUAGGAGAGCUCACUAUUAGCCACGGUUCAAAACUCAACAUUAACAACUGCAGGAUUGACUGCAGGUGCACAACACCUCCUGAGCUGACCUGUGUUCAGUACAGGUCAUGUGAGUUGGCUGCAGAGGUUACCCAACCAAAAGAUUGCCCUGAAGUAAACUGUCCUCCAGCAUGCCAGACUAUUACUGAUGUUGCCACUGGGUGUCCAGUAUGUUCCUGCACUAAAUAUACUUUCUCCUGUGAAAAGAAGGAAUGCCCAAGUGGCUGUCGAACUGAUUUUGACAGCAAAACUGGUUGUCUUACUUGUAAAUGUCAGUGUCCUAAACACCCAGUCCCAUGUCCCAUGGACUGUGCUGUGCGACAUGUUAUGGAUGAAACAACAGGGUGUGAGGUGUGUGAAUGUGAUCCCAAUAACCCUGGGAAUCCUUUUGUUCCUCUUGGUCGCUCCAAUUGUCCCACCUAUCCUCUUGGACGUCUCCCAUGCCCUCAGGAUUGUGCAGUCAGAACAGUUGUAGAUGAGAGAGUUGUGAGAAAUGUGAGUGUGAUCCAAUCAUCCUGGAAACCCAUUUGGCCCUCCACAACGCUCUGACUGUCCCACAGACUACACUGGACGAGCUCCAUGCCCCAUGGAUUGUGCCAUUCGUUAUGUCACUGACCCGGAAACAGGCUGUGAGAAGUGUGAAUGUGACCCUGCAAAUCCUGGUCAUCCCUUUGGUCUCCCCUUGGUUCAAAUUGCC